GAGUGGAGAGAAUUUAAGUAGUGAAGUGAGUAGUCGGUAGAGGAAAUGGGAUGCGCAGUAGCAGGAGUCACAGGCUUGUUGGUAUCACCAUCGUCGUCGUCGUGUGCAGUAGUGAGCCGCGGUGGCCGUGGUGGCCGUGGCCGUGUGACCAUGUCUGUGGCCACUGAGAAACUCGGAAUCAAAAUUGAGAAGAAUCCUCCUGAGUCGAAGCUUACACAGAUGGGAGUCAGAAAUUGGCCCAAAUGGGGUUGCCCUCCGAGCAAGUUUCCAUGGACGUACGAAGCAAAAGAGACAUGUUAUCUGGUGCAAGGGAAGGUGAAGGUGACGCCCGAGGGAGCCGAGGAGGCUGUGGAGAUCGAGGCUGGUGACUUGGUGGAGUUUCCCAAAGGCAUGAGCUGCACUUGGGAUGUCUCUCUCGCUGUCGACAAGCACUAUAACUUUGCUUAACCACCACCUUCUUCAAUUCCCUUGCCCUAAUUUCCUACUACUACUACAUUCCAUGUUUAUCUAUUUCUAGUUUUACAUGAGAUAUUUGUAGUUCUUGUUUGGUCUUAUAGUUCUAAAAUAUAUAUAGGAUAAUCUUGUACAGGACUUCACUUUAAACUUUACUAGUGGGUUCUUUAGUGUUCUUGAUUCGUUAACAGUUUUUUGUAUUUUUUUUAUGACUGUAUAUAUUGUAGUUGUUUACAGCAUCAUGCAAAUUUUCAGAAAAUUCUGAAGAGUUUCAAGUACCGAAAACUAUGUUCAAGCAUGUUGUUUUUUACGCGUAUAAAAAAAAUUAGUCACGCAUGCAACAACAUGUUUGAACUUAGUUUUAGUAUUGUAAACUAUUCAAAAUUUUCUAAAAAUUUGCAGAAUGCUCUAAAUAGCUACAAUAUAUACAAUCAUAAAACAAUUCACACUGAAAAUUGUUCAUGGGUCGAGAAUAGUCUCACGGUCAAAUUUAAAAUGAAGUCCUAAAAAAAAAAAAGACUUUCUACAUUUAUUACUAAAUUAAAGUAUUGUAGUCCAUAACUAAGGAAAUAUUGUGGUGAAUACAAUAUUUGUUUUAUUUUA